CUUCCCACUAUUAUGAUUGCUAUGUCAAGUGUUAAAAUCCCAAGUUAUUAAUUAAAAGUUUAUGGGGACAAAAACUGUCUAUAAAGUGGGGGACAGAUGACAAAGAGGGAGGGGCAUCAAGGAAUUCAAAAUGGCUACAGGGAUGGAUGUGCAAGAGUCAGGGCUUUGUGGUCACAGGGUCUGGGAUCCUGGGUGCCCCUCACCAGACGGUCUGGGAUCCUGGGUGCCCCUCACCAGACAGUCUGGGUGCCUCACCGGACGGUCUGGGAUCCUGGGUGCCCCUCACCAGACGGUCUGGGUGCCUCACCGGACGGUCUGGGAUCCUGGGUGCCCCUCACCAGACGGUCUGGGGUCCUGGGUGCCCCUCACCGGACAGUCUGGGAUCCUGGGUGCCCCUCACCAGACGGUCUGGGAUCCUGGGUGCCCCUCACCAGACGGUCUGGGAUCCUGGGUGCCCCUCACCGAACGGUCUGGGAUCCUGGGUGCCCCUCACCAGACGGUCUGGGAUCCUGGAUGGUCUGGGAUCCUGGAUGGUCUGGGAUCCCAACAGUGAACAUCUGUAAAUAUCUUGUAAAUAGGUUUUACAACAGUGAACUGUAAAUAAUUUAUAUUACACACACUAGACUCCCAGAAUAAUGUAUAUUACACACACUAGGCUCCCAGAAUAAUGUAUAUUACACACACUAGGCUCCCAGAAUAAUUUAUAUUACACACACUAGACUCCCAGAAUAAUUUAUAUUACACACACUAGACUCCCAGAAUAAUUUAUAUUACACACACUAGACUCCCAGAAUAAUUUAUAUUACACACACUAGACUCCCAGAAUAAUUUAUAUUACACACACUAGACUCCCAGAAUAAUUUAUAUUACACACACUAGACUCCUAUAAUAAUUCAUAUUACACACACUAGACUCCCAGAAUAAUUUAUAUUACACACACUAGACUCCUAUAAUAAUUCAUAUUACACACACUAGACUCCCAGAAUAAUUUAUAUUACACACACUAGACUCCCAGAAUAAUUUAUAUUACACACACUAGACUCCCAGAAUAAUUUAUAUUACACACACUAGACUCCCAGAAUAAUUUAUAUUACAUACAAGCAGCCAACUAAAGUAACAUCGUUAAAGUAACCAAGGUACCUAACUAACUAGCCAACCAAGGUACCUAACUAACUAGCCAACCAACCAUGGUACCUAACUAACUAGCCAACCAUGGUACCUAACUAACUAGCCAACCAAGGUACCUAAGUAACCAGCCAACCAAGGUACCUAACUAACUAGCCAACCAACCAUGGUACCUAACUAACUAGCCAACCAACCAUGGUACCUAACUAACUAGACAACCAAGGUACCUAACUAACUAGCCAACCAACCAUGGUACCUAACUAACUAGCCAACCAAGGUACCUAACUAACUAGC